CCAGUGAUUAAUUCCUAACACACAACACCCAGAGGAAAUAUAUAAAAGAAAGACUGGAUACAACAACUAAAGUAUAAUUCGAUUAUUAACAAGAAUAGCAGAACAAAAAUGAAGAAUAUAAUAGUUAGCUUUUUUGUGAUCUGUUUGAUAGCUUCUGUGUUCGCUUCUCCUGCCCGUAUUUCAUUUAAGGAUGUAGAUCAGCAUGUUAAAAAUCAACAAGGACAUGGUAGAUUUAAAAGAUUCUCAUGUGAUGUACUGAGCAUCGAAGCCAAAGGAGUAGCGUUAAAUGAUUCGCCCUGUGCCCUUCACUGCCUUUCUCUUGGAAAACGAGGAGGUUGGUGUAAUGAUCAAAAAGUCUGCAACUGCCGUUGAAAUAAUAUUUUCUAAUAUAAUAUGUAUUUGUUUUUGUUAAAAAAAAUUAAUAAAAAACUUAAAAUAA